AUGGCCUUCAAGUUCGUCCUCGUCGCCGCCUGUUUGGUAGUCGCCAGGGCAGGAGUCGUGCCUGCAGCUCAGCUGGCCUAUUCCGCCGCCCAUGCGGCUCCAGUGGCCUAUUCCGCACAUGCGGCCCCGGUCGCCUAUUCCGCACAUGCGGCCCCGGUCGCCUACGCCGCACCUGUCGCCAAAGCCGUCGUCAAGACCGUGGACGCCGACUACGACCCGAACCCCCAGUACAGCUACGCCUACGACGUCCAGGACGGUCUGACCGGAGACUCCAAGAGCCAGCAGGAGACCCGCAACGGCGACGUCGUCGAAGGCAGCUACUCCCUGGUCGAGGCCGACGGCACCCGUCGCGUCGUCCACUACACCGCCGACCCCGUUAACGGAUUCAACGCCGUCGUUAACAAGGAACCCGCAACCGUCGCGGUCAAGACCAUCACCAAGGUUGCUGCCCAUGCCGCCCCCGUGUCCUACGCUGCGUACCACUAG